CAAAACAAACGAACACGCAGAGACGGAGAAAGGGAGAGGACUAGAAGAAGAAGAAGAAGAAGCUAACAACCAUGGCGAUAAUAUCCUUACAACUCGCAAACCCAUUUCCCUCACCACGAGCGUUUCCCUCAAACAAGCUCCACGUGCCAAAACCCUCAACUGUUCGGGCAACCGACUCGGAGACCACCGAAGAACCGAAACAGGACAAAGAAGGCUCUCAGCCCGAGUCGGACGCCUUCUUCGAGGACCGACUUUCCCAGGUCCGACUCCGUUACCGCAGCGGAACAGGGAAGAAAGCGGAGAUCCGAAAAUCCAAAAAGGGUGGAUCGACCGGAUCGUCCCGAUCAGGGUCGGUGUAUUUGCCUCCGGUGUCACUGAAGGAGGCCGUGUCGGGCGGGUUGAAGGUGGAUUUCGGGUUCAGCCCGUACAGCGAGAGGAUAAACGGGCGGAUAGCGAUUCUUGGGUUAACGGCAUUGCUGCUGGUGGAGCUGGCGACGGGAAAGAGUGUGAUAAAUUAUCACACGCCUGCAAUAGUGUUGAUUCAGGUGUAUUUUGUAGCGGCGGUUUCGGCUUUGUACGUGAAAUAUGAGAAAGAGAAAGUGAGUGUAUGGCCUCAGUCUGCUGCAAAGGAAUAAGAGAUGAAAAUAGAGAAAUUCAUACAAUUUGUUCAAGGUGUAUUUAAAUCUAUAUUUUGUUCAAGUUGUUAGUCAUUUUUUGUGUUUGGUAAUAUAGGGCUGCUCACUAACUGUUAAU